AGUUACUUGAAAUGUCAACUUCCUAGAGACCGACACAAACCCGGAAGUUGCAGAAGGUAAACAACGAGAAGGAGGAAAGAAACCGGAACGUCCGUAGAUCCCGGGGAAGAUGAGCUGGAACCCCUUCAAGGCCGGGCCGAAAAAGCAGAUUGUUUCUAAAACCGUAGAGAGGGACUUUGAACGGGAAUAUGGCAAGCUCCAGCAGUUGGAAGACCAAACCAAAAAAUUACAAAAAGACAUGAAGAAAAGUAUUGAUGCAGACCUAGCCAUGUCAAAGUCUGCUGUCCGGAUCACGUCGGACCUUCUUGGGAAUCCACUGUGUGAGCCAGACCCAGAUUUCUUAUGCAUGGUGACCGCGCUGGACACUGCAAUGAAACGUAUGGAUGCCUUUAAUCAGGAGAAGGUAAACCAAAUUCAGAAAACUAUGAUGGAUCCUCUGAAGAGGUACAGCAACGUGUUCCCCUCACUGAACAUGGCAGUGAAGCGCCGGGAGCAGGCACUACAGGAAUACAAGAGGCUGCAGUCAAAAGUUGAGAAAUAUGAAGAAAAGGAGAGAACGGGGGCAGUGAUUGCCAAAUUACACCAGGCCAGGGAAGAGCUGCGCCCCAUCCGGGAAGAUUUUGAGGUGAAGAACCGUCAGCUGUUGGACGAGAUGCCAAAGUUUUACAACAGUCGCAUAGAUUUCUUCAAGCCCAGCUUCCAGUCGUUAAUCAGAGCAGAGGUGGUGUACUACACCGAAAUGUCUCGGGUCUUCGGAGAGCUGGCGCAGCAAGUGGAUGAGGCGCAGCUGACAGACGCCGAGAGAGAAAGUGAAAACGAGGCCAAACUAGCCGAGCUGCGAGCCUUGUCCAUCGUAGCCGAUGAUUGAAGAACCAGUGAUAGGGUUAUAUGUAACAUCAGGUGAUGCGUACAGAACCAGGUCCAUAUGAGGCAUCCAGAAUGUAACCAUGUCUGAUAUCCAGACUGGGCAGGAAAGUCACACACUACUGUCCAACAUUUUCCUCAAUGGCGGUCCUCAUGAACACACUAAUUACUUGAUAAAAGCCAUGGCUGAGUGGUUGUGGCUAGGAGCUUAACCAGCUCUCCUGACAUGUCUGUUGUAGUAGCUACUUGCAUUCACCCUGUAGAUCUGAACAUCUUCCAGAUUAGGCUAAUUUCACACAUGCGUCAAAGAAAUCUGGCCAUAGAAGAGCCUGCCGGAGAUCUCUGGUUCCAGCGUAGCCAGUGCCUGCUGGACUCCAUUGACUAUAAUGGGAUGCGCUGGGAAUCUGGCUGGUCCCAGACCUAUAUGUCGGGAUUUGGCUGGACAAAGAUCGUUGCGUUCAGCAAUUUUUGUCUGUCCGACUCCCAGCUGAUAGGCCAGGGAGCGUCCGGAUUCCAGAGAGUCCAGUGGGCACGCAACAGUAUCCGGUUACGCCAGACCCAGAGAACUCUCUGCAGGACUUUCUUUGACGCAUGUGUGAAAUUUGCGUUACAUGAGGAAUACAAUGCUUUACUAACACAGACAAAACAUGGCAGGGGAAGUGUCAGCUCCCCUGUAAGUGCCUUUAUUUAAAAAAAAAAAAUCCUUUUUUUUUUUUCUCUCAUAUUUUAAAAUUCCUGUCUGUCAGCCAUCUUUGUCUUGUCUUUCCCUCCUGCACAUGAUACAGUAGGUCCUCCCUGCUGUAUAACUAGCAUCUCUCAUAGCGGUGUUUAGGCUCGAAAAACGAAUAUACGUUGUGUGCGGAUUUCACGUCACCCAUUGUUGAUUAGUACUCCUGUAGUGCAGGACACCCUUGGGUGACUAGAGUCCUAUGGAUACAUGUGACGUGUACGCCGGGAGCUUUUCCUGGUGUCGACUCUAAACAUAGAACUCGUUCAUCUGCACAGAGCCUUAUUCUUCAAAAGCCAUUUUGGUUGCUUCAUAACAUUAGGACUAAGGGCGGGCGCUGCUUGCAAAUGUGGAAGCUCAUUCCUGAUCAUCGCCCUCUUGUUGGGGGAUGAAUGAUCGUUACUACGAUUGUUUGUCCCCGUACAGUUUCCCUGUUUUUCGGCUGCACGUUCUUUACACGGGGCGAUAUGCUGCCCAUGAACUCAGAUUGCUAGCACCCAACAAACUGUCUUUUGCUGGUUUGUCCAUUAACCGAUGACUCCUUUCCAUGGGGCAGGAGCGUUCAUACUAAUGGUAAUGCCCAUCUGCAGUGUAUUACUCCGCAUUGUAUUCCCCCGGAGGUAAAUGAUGCAUCAGGCUGGGCCCACAUGCAAAAAACAUUUUACGACCACAUCAAAAACCUGAGGCAGAAAUGAUUGUUUGAUACGUGUGGGUAUGUUGGAAGCGUCUUGUAGCAUUUUUAAGUUUUUGUCAAAAAUACUGCGGCCAAGAUGUGUCUUCAAACAUACAAUCCAUUUAUCUCUAUGGGAGGUCUCUCUGUGAAUAGGGGUUAACUUUUAACACAUUUAAAAUAUUACAAAAUUAAAAAAUGUCACCAAAAACACUAAAAGAAGGCUUUUAAAAACACAGAAGAAAUGGUGUGAAGGAGGCCUCGAGGGUGUUACUAAAUGACUUUUUGGGGUAUAUUUUAAGUUGUGACACUUUUUACUAUUUUUAUUUAUUUUUUCCCCCUAUAGAGAGGUCAAUUCGGGAGCACCUGAAAAAGAAAAAAAAAAAAAAAAAACACACAAA